AUGUCGGAAACUGUGGACCAUGCAUCUCUGAUGGACAAGAUCAAUGACAAAAUCCACGAGUACAGAGAAGACUCCUCAUCUUCGGACUCUGACAGUGAGAGCUCUUCGGCUCCCAAAAAGAACCGCUUAUUUGGAAGGAAGGAACCCGUGCACAAGGUUCUCGGAGGGGGAAAACGUAAGUAACGACGGCCGUUUCUUACAUUUCGCUCCCUUAGGAGCAUGCUCCCCCAACCCCCGCCAAAGUUUCAUAUCCAUCUUAUUGAACUUUCCGCCGGAAUUCCACUCCAUUAGCAGCCAAAGCUCUAUUUCCCCUUCUCUACGAAAAUUUUUACUAGUACGCGCGUUCACUUCCGUUUCUAUUGGUCAAUCAUUGAUCUGUUUGGAUGAUGGACGAUCUGAAAUUCUCUGCAUAAUGAUUAUGUCGAUAUAAGCUGGAACCAUUUUUUUAAUCUUCUGGAGUUAUACGUAGAAAACAUGAACUCGGGGUUAUAUUAUUAGUGAUGUCUCCUGAACAUCGAGAAAGAACCGAAGGAAAGGGAGUAUCUGCUUUAUCUGAGGGACGAGCUUGUUUUUGUUUAUCAUAGUUAUGGCUUCAGCAGACAUUAGAAUGCAUCUGAAUAAAAACUAGUCUCCAGAAACUAACAAUAACGCGAUCAGAACAAAACCUGGCCUACCAUUUUAUUGUGAAAUGUGGUGAAACAAACAAUGGCCUUCCCAUGAAUCAGUAUGCGUGGACGCUGGCAGAUAUCAUUCCUAGGUCUGCUCAAAGGAACAGGAAGCAUGAAUGGGGUCUAUGUAUGGCUCUGUCUUUUGUCUUUGACAACUCAGAGUCAGGGCUACCAUUGGCCUCUACUCAGAGUUGAAGCUUUCAAGACUGGGUAAUUUUGGGGAGACUUCUGCCCAUGAUUUUCAAUUGAUCAAUUGGUAUGUUGUUUUUACAGCUGCCGAUAUUCUACUGUGGAGAAACAAGCAGAUCACAGCUAGCAUUCUUGUCAGUGUGACGGUCGUCUGGCUUCUCUUUGAAUGGAUGGGUUAUCAUUUGCUCACUCUUGUCUGCCACUCUCUUAUAGUCGCACUUGCCGCAUUGUUUGUCUGGUCAAAUGCAUCGUCAUUCGUCAACAUGUAAGAACAUUUCGCCCACUCAGCAACUUCCACUGUUUCAUUCCGUGAAAAUGCCACACUUUUUCUCUGAUCGUGCUUGAAUUGUUUCUAUUAUCGUUAAAGCUUGGUUUGUGUUUCUUCCCAUCACUUCUCUUCCACGACCGCCCGCGAACUUGGCUUCAUUUUCUCUACUAUCUCCCAGUUAUUCAUGUUGUCCUCAUUAAAUCGGUGCCUAGCCUGCUUUUUUGUGUAGAUGCCAUCUACCAGGUUUACUGCUCUUCUCAACGUUUCUUUUGAAUCUCAGAUCGCCUCCAAAGUUCCCAGAAGUUAUCUUGCCAGAAGAAAUGUUCCUGGACCUCGCCCGCACUCUAAGAUUCGAAAUCAACGAAGCCUUCGCAACUUUCCGCUAUGUCGCUUCAGGCAGAGACCUGAAACAAUUCCUCCUGGUGAUAUCUGAAACACUGAAGAUAUUUUCUCUUCUAACCCUUCCACUCUGCUUCUUAUCAUUAACUUCUUUUCUCAGGUUGUUCUUGCCUUGUGGGUCCUUUCCGUCGUUGGAAGCUGCUUCAAUUUCCUGACUCUCUUCUACAUAGGUCAGUCACACACACACACACACAUAGAGAGAGAGAGAGAGAAAGAGAGAUGAAAUAGAACAAAAAAGCAAUUUGCCAGUAGAUGUGACUCGGUUUCACUCGCAGUAUUUGUGCUGCUCUACACCCUGCCGGUGCUGUACGAGAGAUACGAGGACCACGUGGACACUGCCGCCGAGAAGGCAAUGAUCCACGUCAGCAAGCAGUACGCCGUCCUGGACGAGAAGCUGCUCAAGAAGAUCCCAAGGGCCCCCUUCCUGGACAAGAAGCAGCACUGA